AUGCUUGCUCUGGCACUGCGCCAAGCCCCGCGGUGGGCACGGGGCGGGGGAGUGCCAGUGCCGGGUCUCCAAGGGAAAGGCGAGGGGGAGGCGGGUGGCGACCGCAGGGCGGCGCCUGGGGACGCCGCACACCCCGCCGCGCCCCCCACCCCUUGGCCGGGCGCCGAGUCCCGGGGGCCACAAGGUUACUGGCAGCCGCGCAGCCCCGCGGAAUGGAGCGGCGCCGGGGCUGAGCCGGGCGCGCAGGGGCCGCCGCAUGUGCCGCGCGGGGAGCGGCUGCAGAGCCGGCGGAGAGCGAACGCGAGAGGCCCCGUCGGAGCGGCCGCCGGAGCAGCGCCGGAGAUGGGAGAACAGCCCAUCUUCACUACCCGAGCACAUGUCUUCCAGAUCGACCCCAGCACCAAGAAGAACUGGGUGCCUGCAAGCAAGCAAGCUGUCACCGUCUCCUACUUCUACGAUGUCACAAGAAACAGCUAUCGGAUCAUCAGUGUGGAUGGAGCCAAGGUGAUCAUCAACAGCACAAUCACGCCCAACAUGACUUUCACCAAAACGUCACAGAAGUUCGGGCAGUGGGCGGACAGCAGAGCCAACACGGUGUUUGGUUUGGGGUUUUCCUCGGAGCAGCAGCUGACAAAGUUUGCAGAGAAAUUCCAGGAAGUGAAAGAAGCUGCCAGACUAGCCAGAGACAAAUCCCAGGAGAAAAUUGAGACUUCGAGCAAUCAUUCCCAAGUAAGACAAGUGAUAAGGUGCAAAGGUAACCCAUCUUCCACUCAGGCAUCCAGCAUCAAUGGGACAGACGAUGAGAAGGCCUCUUGUGCGGGUCCUGCCGAUACACACCUCAAGUCCGAGAAUGACAAGCUGAAGAUCGCUCUAACCCAGAGUGCUGCCAACGUGAAGAAGUGGGAGAUUGAGCUGCAGACCCUGAGAGAAAGCAACGCGCGGCUGACCUCAGCGCUGCAGGAGUCGGCGGCCAGCGUGGAGCAGUGGAAGCGCCAGUUCUCACUGUGCCGAGAUGAGAACGACCGGCUCCGGAACAAGGUUGACGAGCUGGAAGAACAGUGCAGCGAGAUCAACAGAGAGAAGGAGAAGAAUACCCAGUUGAAGAGAAGGAUUGAGGAGCUAGAAUCAGAACUCCGAGAAAAGGAGACGGAGUUGACAGAUCUCCGAAAACAGAGUGAAAUCAUACCUCAGCUCAUGUCAGAGUGUGAAUACGUCUCUGAGAAGUUAGAGGCGGCAGAGAGAGACAAUCAGAACCUGGAGGACAAAGUGCGGUCCCUGAAGACGGACAUCGAGGAGAGCAAGUACCGACAGCGCCACCUGAAGGUGGAGCUGAAGAGCUUCUUGGAGGUGCUGGACGGCAAGAUUGACGACCUCCACGACUUCCGCCGGGGCCUCUCCAAGCUGGGUGCCGAUAACUAG